AUGAACCACAACACUCUUUUUUUGAGCACCUGCUUUGAUACCAUCGAAGAGUCCAACAGUGACGAUCAAGCACGGGUUUGGAUCCGCAAAGCGUCAGAUGCAAAGAUCGACUUGGCAAGAUUCGUCGCCGACCGCCGAGGUAAGGGUCGAGCCACCGAGGUCGUCGGCUUCCUCAAAGGCUCGUUCAAUCUGGGCUUCCGUAUCAGAUUCGAGGAUGACGGACCAGACGCCAUUAUCCGUUUCCCGAAGCCCGGUCACAUCUCCACGGUCUUUCUAGAGGAGAAGCUCAUCAACGAAGUACGCGCUAUCGAGUACAUACGCCAGAACACCACAAUCCCGGUUCCUUUUAUACAUAGUUGGGGUUUGGCCAACGAGAGUCCCCAGCAGCUCGGCCCCUUUAUCAUCAUGGACUUUGUAGAGGGCACUCUGGCCUCGAGAAUCCUCCAAAAACCAACCGAUGAUGAGCAGCAAGAAAUAAUGCUGAAUCCGGACCUGGACAGUUUCGUGCUGGAUAAGUUCUACCGGCAGGCGGCCGGGUACUUACUCCAGUUAUCUCGACUCGAGUUCAAGCGCAUUGGUGCUAUUUCAAAAGAGCUUGGAGAUGGUGGGUGGUCCUCCUCCAGGAGGCCCCUCACAUACAACAUGAACGAACUGGCGACGUCUGCAGGCUACCCGACAGACGACUUUCCUACCGCGAGCUUUGCCCACGCUAGCGACUUCUUCAAGCACGUGGCCCAUGAGCACCUGACGCACCUACACACCCAGCGAAACCUCGCGGCCAGCCCCGAGGUCGCUCGCGCUCGCUAUAUCGCCCGGCAUCGCUACCUUCAGCUCGUCGAUCACUACUGCAGCGCCGAAGACGACGCGGGCCCUUUCAUACCAUUCUGCGACGAUUUCCGGCCAGCAAACAUGCUUGUGAACCCCAAGACGUUAGAGAUCACGGCCGUGCUCGACUGGGAGUUCACUAACGCUAUGCCCGCGCAGUUUUCGUACGACCCGCCCUGGUGGCUACUGCUGGCCGACCCCGGCAGCUGGGUCGAUCGUAACGCGGUGCAGGAUUUCCGAGACCUCUACGAGCCUCGGAUGGAGCAGUUCCUUCGAGCGCUCGAGGCGGUGGAGGGAGAAGAACGCUGGGACGAUCGCGGACACGACCGGCGGCUCUCGGUGCGGAUGCGUAGAUCGUGGGAGACCGGUCGGUUCUGGUUCAACUUCGCGUCUCGAAAGAGUUAUGAUGUCGACACGAUCUACUGGAGGGUGCUACACGACGGUGGCGACGCAGCCGAGCUGCUCGACCCAGAGGUGCGCGCCGAAAUGGAUGCAGAGGUGGAGAAGAUGACGCAGCUCCGAGAGUACAGGGAGGAAUGCGCCGUACGUUUCCCUGUUGAGAAAGUCAACGAGAGGGAGUAA